AUGAGCGUGAUUUUUGGGUCACAGGCCCGUGACGAAGCGCAACAGCUUAUAGAGAAGAUCGCCGUUGGCCAUGGCUACAUCGAAGCGGCAAAGUUGGAUGCGAUGCCAGCCGAUAUACGAAGGGUAGUAGAGGAAGCUCUGAAGAGCAAUUCUAAAUCUCAUGCCGCCGCUACAGAGGCUGUACAGAAGUUAGCUGCGGGGAACAUCAAUGUCGCGUUUGAACUGCUCCAGAAUGCGGACGACAACCAAUACACCCGUGCAAAGGCCGCAUGCGCGAAUCCUGGGGUCCAGUUCAUCGUCACUCAAGAUAUGGUAAUUAUCGGUAGCAACGAGGAUGGAUUUACAGAGAGCAACGUCAAAUCUCUUUGCGAUUUCGGAAAGUCAACAAAGAAUGGAAUACUCGGCUACAUAGGACAGUCGGACGUGGGUUUCAAGUCUGUUUUCACUAUCGCAUCCAAGGUUCAGGUCGAAUCUGGGCCUUUCUCAUUCUAUCUACAGCAUGAGGAUGGAGAUUCUGGCAUUGGAGUGGCUAGACCUCACUGGACCGAGCCACCUGUUCUUCCCGACUAUGUGGGGGAACAUGAAGCUUAUGGUGGCCUCUUCGGAAACCGGACAAGAAUCAUAUUGUUUCUGAAGGAUCAGAACAGAGACAAUCUACGGGGUAGCUUCGUAAACCAGCUCUGGGAUACGCCGGACAGUGUGCUACUCUUCAUGAGAAACCUACGGUCGCUGAAAAUCACGGUACUGGGUGACGACAACGAAGUUCAGCGCUCAAAGGACGUGCUUCUCGACAGAGCCCUAUUCGGCUCAGGGACUCUUAUUACAACGACGAAGAUGCUCGGCCCGACUAAGCUCAAGACAUGGAAUCGUUAUCUCGUCUACAAAUCAACGGCAACGGGUUUGCCAGCCAACCCGAACCGAAGACCUGCUCCAGAAUCCUCGGCAAACACUUCCAGCGCAGAAAUUAUAUUAGCGUUCCCUAUUGAUGAGAAAUUUGAGCCUACUGUUGAGAUCCAGAAAGCAUUUGCCUUCAUGCCAGUCUCUGAGAGUGGGUUGAGCUUUCUUGUUCACUCUGACUUCGUUACCGAUGCGACAAGACAAAAGCUUGUUACUUUUUCAGACAGAAACGUUCAUCUCAAGAAGGCAGUUGCGGACGCAAUCGCAACAGCAGUCCAAGACCUUUGCAAGAAGCCUGGCCUGGAACACAAGUGGAUGCGUUUCCUCCCCCAGAUCAAUCGAAACAGUAUAGAUCCAUUUUGGCUCCUAUUCGACAACACUUUGCGGUCACAAAUUUCCGAAGUACCACUCUUGCGUCCGAGAAGCCAGAAAUUUGGCAGUGUCUCAAAAAUAGCCUUACUCAAGCGUCUUUCCGCCGAUCAAUUGGACCAGCAUGGUGCACCGCUUUUGCCUGAUCUGGACCAAGAGAUGUAUCUGUCUUCGGGAUACGAAUCCGAGGACCUCGAUAUUCUCAGUCAGUAUGGAUUGACUUACAUGCCGAACUGGGCGAUCAUAUCGAGGCUGGAAGCAUUCACAAAGACUGGUGAUUGGAGGACAAGAGUCUUUGAGAAUCGAGAUGAAGAUUGGCAUUCUAGACUGGCGAGUCUCAUUCUGAAGCUGUGGAAUGACAAACAAAACGAUUGGAAGACUGCAAUUCGCGGCAUGCAUCUUAUUCCCCUCGCCUCGGGGGAUUUAAAACAGGCCAUUAUCAACGGAACAAAAUGCGACUUCUAUGACAAUUUGAUUGAAGGUAUCCCCAUCCCCGGAGAUCUCGAUUUCUCAAUGCUUCUACCGGCUGCCGCAGCGAAUCCGGAUUGUCGGAAGCUUUAUGAGGUCUUUGGCCCGAAGACUCUUGCUGUUCAGCAAGUCCGAGAAAAGAUUAUAAAAUUGUAUAAGGAUCCUGCUGAGGUGGCUAAGCUAGACAUGGCCAAGUCAAAAAACCAUCUUAUCUUCCUCUACCGGAUCGAGCCGAAGGACUUCAUCAAUAAGGACGAGCAAGAAAUCAUGGUUGUCUUUGACCAGAAGCUACGCACCAAGCGUCCAAAACAAGAGUAUGUCUACCUGCCUGGCGACGGACCAGUGGCCCCAGGGAAGAUCUUCAACCCUCCAUUCCCAGAUGGACUUGAGCCACCAGAUGUAUCCCUCCUGCACCCGGCCUAUCUUGAGGAUCCGCCGACCCCAUCAGCUGGCAAUGAGAAACCAUGGACCCAAUGGCUAUAUCACAUUAUCUACUGCGAAGAAAAGAUCCAACUGUUCUCUGUACGAGAUCCGCCCCCAGAGGCCGACAAGACUUACUCGCAAGAGUAUCAAUAUCUUGUCAAAGCUUGGCCGGGGCUUACACUUCACAGACUCAUGCUGAACUUCCAAAAGCCAGAAGUUAAAAAGCAGUGGGUUGAUGAUAAGAAGGGAUCUGCUCUUAUGCGAAGAAUGGAGUUUCUCUGCACCGAUGGUGUGAGACACGCGUUACAGGAGACCUUUCUUCCGUUGCCUGAAUUGGUGGAGAACUGUCACAAAUGCUUUGCAUCAGUGGAGAGCAUGCCGUUCCUCAAACUUGAUGAGCGGAUGAAAGACGAUGAAAUUCCUGCAUGGCUCGCCUUGGCAGAGCAUUGUGGCAUUGGGGCGGAAGACGACACUAAGUUCACUCUGGCGAUGCUCGGCUCUAUCUCUAAAACUGCCACUGAGAUGACAAGCGAUGUUUCACAAGCUGUGACUGAGUUGUAUCUUAAGCUUGAAUCUGGGGUUCCUGUCGGAUCCUCGAGUGCUACUAUCGCGGUACAAACCCAGAUCACAAACUUCUUUAAUGACAACAAAUGCGUCCUCUGCACGCCGCUCAGAUCCUCGGACUUGAAGAAAGCUGCUCGCUGGGAUAACAGGCCAUCAUGCCUGUGGACUGCGCCUGAUGGUAUUAAUUUCUACAAACCUCUUCGAUCUCUAUGGUCCCCUGUGAUGGAAAAGAUGGAGCCGGGAGAUAGCGCAAAGCUGGGAAACUUUUUCAGUCAAACUCUUGCGAUUCGAGACAUAACCCAACACGAUGUGGUUAGUGAGCUCGGUCACUCAUCUCGUUCGUUGGAUCAGAAGAAAGACUACUCGGUGGUGGUUAAAGAGCUGUAUACGAUUCUUCAAGAACAGACGAAGAACCUCGACGAGAUCAACGCGCUUAUCAUCAAGCAAGCCUUUCGAGACACCUCUCUCAUCUAUUCACCCCAUCAAGCGAGCAAGAGGUGGUACAAAGUCUCAGAGUGUAUAUGGUCUAGCGAAGGUGCCAACCAGGAUGAAAUAAGUCUGGAACCGCUUUACCCAGAUCAUUCACCACUUUUCGUAUCCUUUCUCGAUGUUCCCAAGAUGGGUGCUUCGCUCAUCUAUCAGCGUCUCUUGGAUGUCGAAAACACUGUCCAACCUAUUCCAGAAAUCAAGAAACUCUUUUGGUCACUGCUCGAUGGCCUGACUGCAAACAAAGAAUCAUCAAGUGUAUUUGCGGAUAAGAUAAGGGUUCGCCGCGUCUUUCCGGUCAAGCUGCUGUCCGGAGAGGUUCAGCCCAUGUCCAUAUUGGGAGAUUUCUGUAUAAAUGACCGACCUGUAUACGCGGCCGCAUUGCGGGAUAAGGUCAACUUUCUCGAUUUUUCCGUUGAGGAAGUGCAUCGUCUUGAGCCUGUUAUUGCGUGGUUGCGCUUGACUGAACGCUACCUCUCAAAGUCAGUAACGGAAAAGACGUCUGUUGACGAAUCUCAAGGUGUUGUAGAAAGCGCUCUCUCUAAUGAUAUUGCUGGUAAAGCUGCAGCAUUUUCCAUGAUCGCUGCGCACUUUAGCGAUGGCCAACCCACAAUACGCAGCUACACCCUACAAGGCACGAUACGAAAGGUAGAGGUCUUCCGUCAUCCAGAGAUCCAGUCCAGCAUCACAAGGUACCAUGGCUUCAAGGCCACUACAGUGCCGUUGGCGACAAGUGGAAUGCACUUCCAAUUGACUCUACUCGCAAAUUGGCAGUUCUACAUUCCGCAAGACGACGAAGACCGCGAUUUCUGCAUGUCUACUGAAUUUCCGAGGCUCCUCGCCGCUCAGCUCCUAGGUUGUCCAGUUCGCGGUGUCAACCCUGAAGCUGUGAUGAUUGUCGCCAGUGUCCUUCGAGCUAAGCUCUCCAACGUUGGACGUAUCCUUCAGUAUUAUGGGGUAUCCGAGGCGAGUGCAUUGCUAAACGAUAUACCAGAGCCCCCCCAUACACCAGAGAGGCGACGAGACAACUCUGCUCCUUCUCCAUCUCCGUCACCGGCCCACACAAUUAUCAGAUCUCCUGUCCCUGCUGUAAGCUCUGCACAGGUCAUCCGCGACGCCACUACUCCAUACCAGGCCCUGCUUAUUCAAGCUGUCAAUGUCGCCCGCAUCUCGACGUUUCCGCACAAGAAUUCAGUUUUUGAUAUGACUGCAAUUUCACAGAGUCUUGCCGAGAGCACAGCCCGUUCCGGACUGUUCAGAUUCUACGUUGGAGACCAGACAGAGUGGCAGCGAAUGGUUGGUGCCGCCGGCGAGUUAUAUGUCUUUGAGCUGCUUUCAACCAUUCCCCAUGCCCUCCCUGGCUGGUCUCGAGAUAACUGGCAGAGUACUGUCAGACACCAUGCCAGCAUACACCCUGAUUACAACUCUCUUGGGAAUUGGUAUGGGACAGAGCAAGGGGAUCUGUUCUUUGAUGACGUGACAGGAACAUUCACCAGCUACUUGAUCGAAAAAGGUUAUCUCGAGGACAGUUGGAGAAAAGAGCGACCGGAGUACUAUAUCGAAGUCAAGACCACAACAUCGGGACGUCUCGACACGCCAUUCUACAUGAGUAAACAUCAAUAUGCACGGAUGCAGUCUUUUGGUGAAAGCGUUAAUACCGCUACGCAACGUCGCAAGGUCUAUAUCCUUUUUCGGGUGCACGGCUUAGAAUCAGGCCAAGUUGGUUUGAGGGUAUUCAUCGAUCUGGAGGCCUUGCGCAAGAGCAGAGAUUUAGUGUUUGAGGCUCAGAGUUGGACAGUCACCCCGAGAGCAUGUAUGUAG